GGCGGGCCGCGCGCGGCGGAAGGGGGCGGAGUCUGGCGGGUUUUCCUGGCGCGUGGGGCAGCGGCGGCCGCGAUGCUUUUCUACUCCUUCUUCAAGUCCCUGGUGGGCAAAGACGUCGUGGUAGAGCUGAAGAAUGACCUCAGCAUCUGUGGGACGCUGCACUCUGUGGACCAGUACCUGAAUAUCAAACUGACGGAUAUCAGCGUCACCGACCCCGAGAAGUACCCGCACAUGCUAUCAGUGAAGAACUGCUUCAUCCGGGGCUCGGUGGUCCGCUACGUGCAGCUCCCGGCGGACGAGGUCGACACACAGCUGCUCCAGGAUGCUGCCCGCAAGGAGGCCCUGCAGCAGAAGCAGUGAACCCAGAUGCCAGGACCCCCCGGAUGGUGGUGCCUGUCAGCGUCGUCCCCCCCCCCACGCACCUCCUGCACGCUGGGGGCUCCUGCUCCCUCCCCCCAUUUCUCUACCUCCCCCCAGUGCCCAAAUCCCUCCACAAGGCCUUAUUCUGCUUGCCCAGAUAGCUGGGUUCACCACUGUCCCCUGCCCCGCACCAUGGGGGUCUGGGGGGGAGGGGCAGGAGGCUGAGCCCAGGCAUCUGGAGGGGGCAGGGCACAAUAAACGCUGGUGAUGGGGACCGUGA